UGCCAUGGAUAUAUAUUUACUCCGUGAAAUUCACUGGUAUUUUUCUGGAAUGAGCCGGCAUGGAUCGGCCAUUUCAAUCGGCGAUCUGAAGCAGUAAAGAACUAGGUGGAUUGGACUGGUAAUUGACUGGGACGAUAGCUUCGGUGUUAGCUGGACGAAGCUGAAACGCUGGAGCAAAGAGCUGGAUGAAAUGGCUGUACAUAAACCGGUUUUUGGUGAAUUGUUCAGCAUUUCCAAUCUACAUGAAAAUCGAUGAAGCCUGAUUCAAAGGUUGUCUUGGCAACCUUGGUGUUGCAAUCCUGCAACUGAUAGCUCUAUCAUAAAGUUGGACGUUUUGAGGUUAUGUCAAAACAUUCUGAGUGCUAUUUGUACUAUUUACAGUAACUUAAAUGAUUCAUCUUGGCCCAAAAAUGGUAUUAAACCAUGAACGUUUUCGCAUGAUUAUUUUUUACAACUUACGAUGUGGAUUAACUCGGCAACAGUGCAUUGAUGAACUUAAUUCAAUUUUUGGCAAUGAAGCUCCAUCAAGGACCAGUUUUUAUCGAUGGUAUGGUGAAUUCAAUCGUGGUCAUAAUUCACUAAAGACAAAAUUCACAAAGGUCGUCCAAAAUCAGUUGAUCCAAAAACCAUUGAUGCUGUGCGUGAACUGAUAUUGCAAGAUCGUCAUGUGACUAAUCCUGAAAUUUAAAGGGCAGCCCUCGUAAAGAAAUGAAGUAAACCCCAGAUUCAGAGUUUGGAAUGGAUGAAAUGAACCUUUGCAUGUUAAAUGUUAAUGAAGGUUUACAAAGACUGCUUGUGAUAAUUCAGAUCGUAAUUGGAGUUGGAAUCACUUGAUCAAAAAUUAAACUAACCCCAUGAUAAUUGAAAGUAAGAAUGAAGAAAAUAUCUUCUGCUAGUGAUAAUUAGGUCACUAAUGGAGUUGAAUGCUGUAAAACAAGGUUAUUUUAAUCUACAGAUGUCCACACAUCAUACUAGAAUGUUUUUAAAGAACUGGCGGAGAUAGUUUUGAUAAUUGGUUUUGUAUUACCAUCUAAUUUGUCAACUAAUGAAGUAAUGGAUCGCCACAGUAGAGGUGUUGUAUCACCAAACAAGUUUUAGAAUGGAUAAAAGUGGCCAUCAUUUAGAAAUAGUUUUGAGCCCAUUCAUUACCUUGGGAAUUCGGAAUUCUAUUAUGCAGCAGUGUUUGAAUGAAUUGUGCAUAAUGAAAACUUUCUUCAAAGUUAUUUAUCAACUCUUCAUGAUGAAGGUCAGUUAUAUUUGGAACAUCCAUUUAGACAUGGUACUCAUGAGAUCCUUAGUAACAGUAAUGUGGACAAAUGUUAAUAACAUUAUUUAUGAUUUAAUUCAAUUAGUUCAUGUCUGCGAUCUGGUUAAUGUGCUUAGAGCAUUGCUAAACAUGGACUCCAGUCAUUGCAAAAGUGCAGGAAUGUUAAAAGCUUUGGUUACCUAG